AUGGGAAAAAUGCCAUACGCUCGUGAAUCUGGCGAUGUGCUUACCAGAAUCCUGCUGGGAGUGCUCGGGACUGUCAUUCGGGAUCUUACUCUGCAAGACGUUGACAGAGUCAGGCUCUAUGCGUCAUUCAUUCGAGACCUUGAAUUUCACAAAACAUUCGUGGGCGUGAGACCAGACAGCCUCGAGAAUAUUGCUGCCGCAAUCGGAGGUUCAAGCCUUCUGCCUAACCUACGCCGUCUCGCAUACAGUGGUCCUUCCGAAUGGUCCAAUGUACUCCACCUUCUCAUGCCAUCAGUUCUUACGGAUUUCACCUUCAGCAUACACACAUCGAUCUGGAACGACCCUGAUGCGGAGGACAUCGCCCCAGAAGAUGGUGAACACGAGAUAUCAGCGAUCACCGCGCUGAAAUCAGGCGAUGGGCGCUCUCUAAUCAAGCUCGACUUGACGUGGCCGAGGCGCUUCCCGUCGUUAGGUCAGAUGCUGCAAGGCUGGCGCAGCCUCAAGGACCUGCGUCUCACUGGUGUGGUCGAUGCUGCUGCGCUGUGCGCGAUCAUCGACCUGCCCCAGAUCGAGACCCUGACGUUCGUCAACUGCGACAUGCAUGCCCCGGGGACUUUACCAGCAGACUUUCGUAUGCGCCACUCACUCCGAACGCUAUGCAUACACGGAGCAAACGCGUCUUGGGCAGUGUGGUUCCUCGAAGCUCUGGGGCGCGUCGAGUUGGACCAGCUUAAACUGACCUUCCCGGAGUUGCGACUCACACCGUCGCUGAGGCAUAUAUGUCAAACAAUCGAGAAGCACUGCUCGAAAGACCUGCAGAUAAUCACUAUCGGCGAGUGCGAGCCUUCGGCAGCGAACGGAGCGGGCCAUAACGACGGACUCCUCUCAUAUUCCAUCGACGAUAUACUACCCCUUCUCAAAUUUCCAGCGCUCUGGCUCGUGUCCAUCGAGCUACACGGUCAACUCGCUCUCUGGGAUAAAGACAUCUUUACUAUGGCUCAGGCCUGGCCUACGCUCGAGCAGCUUACCCUCCGCGGCGUUGCGGUCCCUCGUCCCACAUGCACCCUUACCAGCCUCCUCAUCCUCGCCCAUUUCACGCCGGCUAUAUGCCGAGUAGUGAUGAAUGUGGACGCGACCACGAUCGACGCUCUGAACGAGGCUUUGUCGCAGAGCCCGGGUGACGCCAUAGCAGCGUUCUCCACCCGCUCACUUACCACAUUCUGCGUGCUCGACUCACCUAUCGAUUCGGAGUUGGCGGUGGCAUCGUUUUUGUCGAGGUUCUUCCCGUCUUUGAAGGAAAUCUACUGCCAGGCAGCGGAGGACGCAGGAGCAGAGGUGGAGAAUCGGCGACGAAGGAAGUGGGCCGAAGUUGCGAAAGCAUUACCUUACUUCCUGGAGGCGAGAGCCACCGGGAUGCACGGGCCGGUAGGAUUGAGAUGA